AUGAUGGAAUUCAUAAUUAGAUGUCAUUAUAUCAAAAUGUGUUAUCAUAAAAAUUUCCAUCAAAUAUUGAAUCAAAAUUAGGUAUUGGCCCUAUUUGGAUAAUGUUAUGAAGAAUUCAUUAAAAAAUUGAUUAUUUCAGAUAGGUGUAGAUUAAAAACUAAUGUGUAAAAAAAUUAAGAACAAGUUGGAAAAAUUAAACAAUUCAAUCGGUAACUGCAACAAGAAUAUCAGAAUGAAAGAAUCCCUAUAAAGCCAUUGUAAUUACAUGUUGCAUUCGAGUGUUUCUAAAAAAAGAAAAUGCUUACUGGUUUAGUCCUUUCUUCUCCAAAAGUAUAAUUAGAGAGAUAAGACAACCAAAAUGGUAGGGUUUUUAGAUUUAUAUAAUUCGAUCAGUCCUUUUCUUUGAGAAGAGUAAAGAUUUAGUUAACCAAAAAUUUAGCCCUCCAUUAAACCAGAGUGCUUUUAAAAAUGAGAAAGCAGUUAUGAAA